AUGGAGCGGCGCCGACUGUCUCAUACUGAUGAUGGGGCGCUGCCUUACCACGCGAAACGACGCAAAACUGAUUACCAGCGCAUUGAGAAUGACUCCAUACGUGGUCCUUAUACAGUCGCCUGGAUUUGCGCACUGCCUAUUGAGAUGGCAGCAGCACGCGCGAUGCUCGACGAGGAACAUGUUGACUGUCCAGGACAAGCCAAUGAUAUGAAUUCUUACGUGUUGGGCAGCAUCCAAAAUCACAAUGUGGUGAUAGCUUGCUUGCCGACAGAUCAAUACGGAACGGUCAAUGCCGCGAGUGUCCUGAGUAAUCUCAAAAGAACAUUCCCUUAUAUUCAGAUCGGCCUCAUGGUAGGCAUUGGCGGUGGAGUGCCGCUCAAGGCUGAUAUACGACUUGGGGACAUUGUUGUUGGAGUACGAGUCAUGCAGUAUGACAUGGGGAAAACACGUAAGGAGGGCUUCCAGCGGACAGCAGUUCCAAAGAUACCCGACUCGUCUAUCCGCACAGUCAUUUCAAAUCUACGAUCUCUACACGAGUUGAAAGGCAGCCGAGUUCCCUCAAUAUUGAGAGAUAAAAUGAGCGAUUAUUCCGCUUAUUCUCUUCCGACCGAACCAGAUCGCCUCUUUCUAUCAUCAUAUCAUCAUGAGGAUUCUGUCUCAUCUUGUGACAAAUGUGACUCGUCCAAGCUAGAGACAAGAAAGAUGCGAUCAUCCACUGAUCCGGUCAUUCACUAUGGCGGUAUUGGCUCGGCCAAUACAGUGAUGAAAGACUCGACUAUUCGUGAUGAGAUCGCCCGACAGCUGGACGUGCUUUGCUUUGAGAUGGAGGCCGCAGGGCUAAUGGAUAUCAUGCCUUGUCUCCCUAUUCGUGGUAUCUGCGACUAUUCGGACUCCCACAAAGCAAAGGAGUGGCAGCGAUAUGCUGCAGCGACUGCAGCAGCCUAUGCUUAUGAAUUCUUGGAGGUCUGGAGAGGAGACUCUCAAGCAUCAUGUGUUGGUGACACUCAACUGCAGAAUGACCACUGUGUGGUACCAGGGCGCCACGAGGAGAUACUGAAUUCGUUGAACUUUGAACAAAUCGAUGCUCGAAAGUUGAUCAUCAAAGCCGCACAUUCAAAGACCUGCCGCUGGUUUCUCAAGCAUCCUGAUUACCUUUUGUGGAUCGACCCGCAACAGGUAUCACAGCAUCAUGGUUUCCUGUGGAUCAGAGGAAAGCCUGGAGCUGGGAAGUCUACGAUUAUGAAGUUCAUCUAUUCGGAGUCGAAGAAGAAAGACCGAAAAAAUCAGAGCCUCACAGCCUCGUUCUUCUUUAAUGCUCGGGGUGAGCUAUUAGAGAGGACUGUCUCAGGGAUGUACAGAUCCUUGCUUUUACAACUGUUCCAGGGAUUCCCAGACCUAGAAUGCGUCUUGGAUGAUCCAGAUCUUUUGCCUCGGAACCAAAGUGGUUGUCCUCCUUUCAACGUCCUGAAAGACCUCCUCCGCGCCGCAGUUGCCAAGCUUGGCCAAAGAUCUUUUAGAUGCUUCAUCGAUGCCCUUGACGAAUGCGACGAGCAGCAAGUUAUGGACCUAGUCGAAUACUUCGAAGAUUUGGCCGAGCAAUGCACAGAGAACAACGUGAAUCUUCACAUCUGUUUCUCCAGUCGUCAUUAUCCCUACAUAGACAUAAAAUUCGGCAUUCGUAUUGUCCUCGAGGAGCAAAUAGGACAUGCCAGCGACCUCGAGAGUUACAUCAAGACUCAUCUUCGAAUCAAAGACAGGCCACUCCUCACAGAGCUCCAGGUGAAAAUGCUUGAAAAAGCAGCGGGAGUAUUCCUCUGGGUUGUCCUUGUGGUCGAUAUAUUGAAUAAAGAGAAUUGCCGUGGGCGCCUGGCUAUGAAGAGAAGACUUGAACAGGUUCCAAGUGGCUUGAGUGAUCUGUUUAAAGACCUGCUGAAAAGAGACACCGCUAAUAUGGAAGAACUCCAACUAUCUCUUCUUUGGAUUCUACUCAGCGAACGACCGUUGAAACCUGAGGAAUACUAUCAUGCAAUAUGGUCAGGGCUAUAUUUGGAGGGACUAGCAGACUUUGACAUACCAGAAGUCGACACCGAGGACUCUGAGGAUUGCUUUGCCCGCUGUGUAAUCAGUUCAUCUAAGGGUUUGGCCGAGAUCACAAAAGUCAAGCAACCAAGAGUUCAGUUCAUACAUGAGUCUGUUCGUGACUUUCUUAUUAAGGAUAAGGGACUCCACGAGCUAUGGCCAGAACUUGGACCUGAUUGGGAGAGUGUCGGCCAUGAAAGGCUGAAGCUAUGCUGCUAUUCCUACUUUGAUCUUGUCACCAGAAAGCAACAGAUUGAUGACUCUUAUCUUGACAACGAGGAGCUUCUGUUGGGAAUUGAGAUAUACCCCUUUCUCAAAUAUGCUAGUCAAUCCGUUCUACAUCACGCUAACUCUGCGGCAAAUAUUGCUGAACAGCAAUCAUUUCUGGAGAACUUUCGAACUUCUGCCUGGAAACGUGUAGUCAACAAGUUUGAAAAGCACAAGGUCCGGAAGUAUAGUCCAACCGCCGCGUUGCUAUAUAUACUUGCGGACAGAGGGUAUUCGUCACUCAUUCGAACCAGGCUGAAGAACGAUGCCAACAUCGACAUCCCGUCAGACAAAGAUAGAUAUGUCUACCCGCUCAUAGCAGCCAUGGCUAAAGGGCACAAGGACAGCGUAGCUGCCCUCUUGGGAUUCUCUUCACAAGAUCACGAUGGAAUCGCAAUUACGAAAAGUUUGCUACCCAAUGUAGACGCUGGAGGAUCGGCUCGCAGCCCCUUUUCUUGGGCCUGUGAACAUGGGCAGUUGGAGAUUGUAGAGCUUCUCGCUGCAAGAGGGGCUCAACGAAUAGAUGAAAAUAGAGGAGGAUGCGAUCCACUGAUACUUGCAUCAAAGAAUGGGCAUACUGCGAUAGCAAGAUGGUUGAUAGAUCACGGAGUGGAUAUUCAUGCAAGAUACAAGAACGAAAGCCCCAUCACGCUAGCGUCAAGUAACGGCCACGCGGAAACAGUUGAGUUUCUGCUCAACGCCGGGGCUGAUCCUAACACCUAUGGCGUAAGAGAUCAGCACAUACUAUGCCUAGCUGCUCGCAACUGUCAUGAGGCAGUGGUGAAAGUCUUGCUGGAGAGAGGAGCAAGUGUCGAAACGAAAACAGGCGGUUACAAGAGAACACCACUUGACCUUGCCGCAGGAAAAAAAGGGUCCAAGACGACAAUGGAAAUACUACUUGCCCAUGGAGCAGAUAUCAACGGCAGAGAUCCUAUAGGCGAAACAGCUCUCUUCAGGGCUGUGAGAUGGGCGUCCGUCGAUGAGAUCGAGUUUCUUAUUAGAAGCGGGGCUGACGUGAAUGCUCGAAAUAAAGCUGACGAGACCUGCCUCCAUAAAGCAAUCACGGGUAGAAAGACACCAUAUGAGGUUGUUCGAGUCCUUCUGGGCAAUGGAGCAAGGGUUGAUGCUCGUACUACAGAAGGCCGAACGUGCCUCCACUACUUUGCAAAUUAUGCAAUAUUCACCCCUUCUACCGGCGAUAUGCUUCAGCUACUUGCCAGCUAUGGGGCUGACUUUGAUAGCAGUGACAUUUAUGGUCACACACCUUUGCAUCUAAUGCUAAGAUUUUGUAACCCGGACAAACUAUCAAUAUUUACCAACCAGCCACGUUUGAACAUCAACGCCUGCGAUCACUUGGGCAAGACGCCAUUGCAUCUUGCAGUUUUGGGAACUGAGUCUCGCGAGAAAGCCGCCAUACUGAUUGAGAAAGGAGCGGAUAUCAAUUGUCAGGAUAACGAAGGAAGAACUCCGCUUGAUGACGCAGUGGAGGGAGGUAGCGAGCAAGUCGUCCAGUUUAUGAAGGACAAAGGAGGAAGGCGAGGUGUUACAUGA